GCACAAUUGUGAAAUAUACUGCAAGACUUGCGCCCAUUGACGUGUUUCAGGUCUAUUCGUCACCGAGAUGUGGUCUCCAGCGUACAUUGCAGUGGCUCUGUUGGCACUUGGCUUCCAAUCUGGCGCGACAGAGUUCCAUGCCGGAUUUGACGAUCUGGUGGAAGACCUAUUGACGAAAUGGCACCUUCCGGGACUCAGAAUUGCUGUCGUGCGAGGUGGUGAAACCAAAAGUAAGGGCUAUGGCUACGCCAGACUUCCCGAUGUACGCGCGACUCCGGACACUCUCUGGUUCACCGGCAGUACGACCAAAGCUUUCGUGGCGACGGCAGCCGGCCGACUUGUCCAGAACGACAGUGUGCCUGAUUUCAAAUGGUCCUCCCGACUGUCUGAUCUGCUACCUGGAGAAUUCGUUCUCUCUGAGGAAUACCAGACUCUUCAUACGACGCUAGAAGAUGCCUUAUCACACCGUUCUGGCCUGCCAAGGCACGACACGUCUUAUGGAUGGGGCGAUGAAACUCCCAAAGAUAUUGUUAAACGACUACGCUACUUGCCCCUUACCAGCGAGCCUCGCACAAGGUUUCAGUACUGCAACAUCAUGUUCGCGACAGUUGGUGUAAUGCUUGAACGCCACACGGGUCUGCAGCUGGAGAGCUUGCUGCAUGACUGGAUCUGGAAGCCCCUGGGCAUGAAGUCGACAACAUUCUCUGUACAACAAGCAAUCGGCUCUGGGGACCUCGCGGCUGGCUACUACUGGGAUGAAGACGGUGAGACGUAUAUUCCCGAGCCAUACUAUGAUAUCUUGCCCGUCGCCGGAGCAGGUGCUACUAUCUCCUCGGUGAACGAUUAUAGUCUAUCGAUCAAGGCUCUGCUUGAAUCUGCGAAAAAGCUGAAUCACGAGGCCGGCCCUCUCACACCUGAACUCUUGCAGGCCCUAUGGACACCGCGCAGCUAUGUUGACCUUGGUUUCGUCAAUACCAGCCGCAUCGCGUCUUCGGUCAAUUACGCUCUGGGAUGGAUGGUAGUCCAGGUCGACAAAUACACUGUUAUUACGCACAGUGGCGGCCUGCCUGGAUUCGGAACUCAAGUGUUUCUGGUGCCUGAGCUGGAUUUCGGCUUCACUUCUAUGGGGAACGAGGUGGGUCGGGCCACAGUCGUUGGCGCUCAGCUGUUCCUUCUCCUGUUGAAAGAAAUCAGAGAUGAGAUCGUAAUUGAGGAACAUUUCGGACUGCAAAAAGUUCUUGAGCAAGUGCGACCAUUGUUCGGACCGCCAAUGCAUUCUGGCUCGAGGACGAAGCAGGCUGGCGUUAAAGCAGACAGCACCACUCUACCAUUGCCGGGCGACAUUGGAGCCUAUCUGGGGCUUUAUUCCCACCCAGCAUACGGACCCAUAAACAUCAGUCUAGCUGAGAACUCGUCCACCAUCCCACUAACCAACAUCAUGAACUCACAAUUGCCCCUCACAGGCCGGUCUGCAACUCCACAGCUCCUCGUCACUCCCACACCUCGUGUCUUUUCAACAUCAUUCGUGCUCACGCAUACCUCUACCACAUUCUUCGAUGCUCAAGGCUACUGGAUCCACGGCCCUACUCCGGGCAAUGAUCAAGUCACUUGUGGAAAUGGACAGCAAUCAGCUGACACCUCUGGUACGAACCGCAAUCUCAAAUGUAAAGACGAAGCGGUCUGGCAGAAAGCAUGGCCAGGUAAGGCGGUGUUCGAGUACAGCCCAGAUGGUAAGGUUGCAACUCUGGGCAUCGAAAUAGAAGAGGAACAAAUUCGCGUCGCUGGAGAGACUGGCAAUUGGAGGGAUGGAAUGAUCUGGUUUGCCAAAGUGUCAGAGUAAUGUCUGCAGUACACUCAACCGGGUUAUCGUACAUCAAAUUGGCUGCAAGGGAAUGGCAGAUGGCUGGCACAUUGUGUCUUGAAUCAUAGCUUACAGUGCGGCCGUGUCAAAAUAUCGACUCUAGAACAAUAUGUCGCAUGUUAGAUAUCGCUAGGAGAAAUCAAACGUGUAAGAAGAAGCA